AUGCCAACUAUAAUGUAUAGUUCAUUUUUAGGGGUUUAUGUGAUCUCCACAGACUCAAACAGAUCGAUACCUGAGUGUAACCACGAAGAGGCAGACACACGGAUCGUCGUCCACGUUCUCCAUGCCAUUCAAGUCGAGCAAGCAAAGUCUGUAUUGGUCAGAAACGUUGAUACAGACGUCGUCGUCAUCCUAGUAGGAACGUUCUACAAUCUUAAAUCAAUCGUUCCCGACAUAGACCUGUGGGUGGCUUUUGGAAUGAGAGGCCACUUCUCGUACAUCAACAUUAACACCAUCUGUGUCAGCCUGGGUGAAGCAAGGUCUAGAUCACUACCAGUUUCCCAUGCGCUUACUGGUUGUGAUAUCACGUCAUCCUUUUAUGGGAAAGGCAAGAAGUCCGCCUGGCAGGCAUGGGAGCUGUAUCCAGAUGUUACCUCGACUUUCGAGUUUCUGGCAAAGAACGCUUACCAUCACCUAACGGCAGACUCUGCCCAUUUCAAGAAAAUUGAACGGUAUGUUGUCGUCCUGUUUGAAAAAUCGGGCCCACUGGAUUCCAUAAACAAGACGAGGAUGGAGCUGUUCUGUAAGAACAACAGAGCAAUGGUCAAGCUUCCGCCAACACAGGUAACUAUGACAGCUUGCAUGCUAAGAGUUUUUCUUUACUGUAUUGCUAUUCAUGAUGCUUCAUUCAACGAUUACAUUUUCUUUCAAUCACAAGGAUGCUCUCCUACAACAUGUUCAUCGUUCAAUUUUCCAAGCCGGAAUAUGGUCGACCAGUGAGCACUCACAACAGGCAGUAGCAUCUCCAGACAGGUUUUCUUGGAAGGAAGAGGGAGGAUCAUGGGUACCGAAAUGGAUAACCAUACCCGAGGUCUCGAAGGCUUGCAGCGAACUAACAAAGUGUACCUGCAUGCAAAGGUUCAUGCACAAGAUGCAAGUGCGCUAA